CAGUCAGUCUUUCUGGGACAGAGUAGAAGCAGAAGAAAAAGAAGGAGGAGGGGAGAACAGGAGUUUCUUCCCCCUCACCAAUCCAACUGUUCUUCAUCGUGCAGUCUGUAACAACAGACAUUCAGCUUGAGACGAGGAAACAGCAGAAGCUUUCUUCUCCAUGUUAGAUCAUCUCUGGGCGGCAUGAACUUUUAGAACUUCAGCACUUGAAAGUAUUCAGUCAGGAUGGACCACUCAGCUCUCCGAUGCCUCAUCUGCCUGUCUGUCACUCUGCUAACCAGACACACCGCUAAUGGCACCCCAGUCAUUUCCAACGACUCUGUGGAGGGCAGUGGGCAGUGGGACUCUGAGAGCACAGACCUGAUCUCCACACCUAGCAUUUCCUUCUUCCUCAAUGAAUCGGUAAAGACCACCUCCAUAUAUGGAGAAAAACAUAGCAAAUCAUUCUUGGAUCAGGUGGUGGAUUUCUUACAAGAGAACCACCUUCCCAUAAUCGUCAUUUCCACUUUACUACUUCUCAUCCUCACCAUCCUCUGCUCGGCUGCCAUCUUGAGUCGCCGACAUAAAGUCAGCACCUACUACCCUUGCGCUUUCCCCUCCAAGAUGUACGUGGACGAGCGAGACAAGACUGGAGGAGUGCGCUUCUUCAACGAAGUCCCGGAGAAUGCCAAUACCAGCUCCAGUGAGGAGCCGGUGAAUUCAGCCAAGCAGCUCCAAGAGGACAUCAUGCAGGCUACCAAGAACCUCCGAACCCCAGUCAAGGCUCCAUGGAAGGAGAAGAAUGAAACGGCAGAAGAUCGAAAACCUGAAGAUGAUGAGGAAUGUCCUCAGAGCGACAAGAGUCAAGAGAAGAGCUGUGGCCCGCUAGAGGACAAGACCACAAAUCAGUCUGCCAAUGAGGAUUCUGUGGAAAACAGCAGCCCCAGCAGGUCCCAGGACAGCGUGCCUGCUUGUGACAUGGAAAAGACUGACCCUUUGGACUCUGGGCCCCCUGAAGAGAGCAAACAUCCAUGUGGGCCAGAGAAUUCGGAGAUACAAGAAAACAAACAGGAAGUUGCUACUUCAGACUCACCAUUUAUCAGUGAAGAGAAAACAGCAUUUUAGUGUGGACAUUUUUAAAGUCUUAAAGGAAACACUUAGACAUAAAUAGAGACCAAAGUGUAUUUCUUGGACACAUUGUGAAACUAAAUGUAGUAUGAAGUUUCAUUGAAAUGAUCUGAUUUUUCAGGAAAAUAUAUGGCUUUAAUGUUGUUUGUGACUGUUUUCUUUGAUGUACCAAAUACAAAUGUACCCUGCUUUAAAUUAGUAUUUUAAUUUACUUAAGUGUAAAUUAUACGAACGGAUGCCUAUUGGGCAAGACUUUAACAUAAAAAUGGCAUUUUAAACAUUA